CUUACAAAAGCUGUUAUUGAAUCACGACACGGUACACGUGUACCUGUGUUUACUAAUACUCAGCACAGACCACAGUCGUAGAGCGCGUCCGAGGUACCGAUAGCAAUGGCGAAAUUUCCAGACAAUGUUCAACACGACUUUAAUCUUGAGGUCGUUCAUCGAGGGUUCCUCCAAUGUCGACAGAGUGACGAUCAACUGGUGCUCACGGACUACCUGGAGGCCUACCACGAACUAAACAGGUUCUUCCGAUUAAGCGGCAGAUUGUUUGGAUUUGUGGCAAACGACUUGGAAGAAAAGAUACAUGUUUUGGAGAGCCAUUUGAACGGACCAAAUGGAAAAAAUUACAGGACUAUUCAAUUAAUGAUCGAGUUUGAAGUCACAAAUAAUAUUACAAAGACCAAACACAAACUUCCAUCAGGAUCAAGGUCGUUGCUACGUCUCCACAGAGGGCUAGAAUUUAUUCUCGAGUUCAUGAGGCGUUUGGGGAACAGUUCAGAUGACGACAGAUCCUCAGUGAUAGCUGCAGACACAUACAGAGACACUCUAUCAAAAUACCAUCCAUGGAUUGUCCAGAAAAUGGCGGGAGUUGCUAUGUACAUGCUGCCGAGCAGAAGACAACUUUUUGAGACUAUGUGCAGGCAUGACUACACUCAUGCGCUAGAACUUUUAUCCUCAGUGGUGAAUGCAGGAAAACCGGUGUACGAUACCACACAGAAUAUUUACGCAGAAUACGGUCUGUUGGAUUUACCUUGAAUGACAUCUGUAUUUUAGGCUAUUUGAAUUUGAGUAUAUGUAUGCGCAUAAUUUGACCUGCCAUCGUGAACAAGGAAUUAAGGUUACCAUGAUAUGGAGCGUCAAAUUUAACACAAACCCGAAGAAUUGAUUGAUUGAUUGAUUAAAUAUUGUUUUACGUCCCUCUCGAGAAUAUUUCACUCAUAUGGAGACGUCACCACUGCCGGUGAAGGGCUGCAAAAUUUAGGCCUAUGCUCGGCGCUUAUGGCCAUUGAGCAGGGAGGGUUCUUUAUCGUACCACACCUGCUGCGACACGGGACCUCGGUUUUUGCGGCCUCAUUCGAAGGACCGCCCCAUUUAAUCGGCUCUUACGACAAGCGAGGGGGUACUGAGGACCUAUUCUAACCCGGAUCCCCACGGGAAUAAUUGAAGAUAUUUUUAAUAAUACAUGUAAUUUUGAUUAUAUAUAUAUAUAUAUAAUUGUUACGCGCAUCAAAUGAAUGUAUGAUAUCUUCAAAUAAUUAUAGAUAUCUUCAAUCAAUUUGAGUUUAAGAUAAUUUGGCGCUCUAUGCAAUUGAAAGGCUUGUAUGGUUGUAUCAUACAGUUUCAUUUAAACACUUGAUAUUGUUUUCUGUACUGUAUGCUGGUAUAUAUUUUGCUCAUGAUGUUGACUUUCGACAGGAAAUACUCGAGAUUGACUACACGUUUGAUAACCAGUCAUAUGUACCCUCAGCGAGGCCAAUGGUAUACUUUUAAGAUCAAAGUAUACGGAUUUUAAUUGCUUUUAGUUCUGGUCUACUUCUCAUACAGUUUUAAAUUCACAGUUUUGGGGUCUAUGUUACACACACGUUAUAUAUAGAGUGAGAUUUAUUCACUACAUUUUAAUUUCAUGGGUUUGAAAAUUGAACUGCAACAAAAAUAAUACUGUAUGCAAUAUUUUACCGGACAGAUUCAUGCAUUGACAUUUGUUGUUUGCAUCGUAAAUCACGGGAUGUGUUUUGAUGAUAGAAUGAUACGCUCAUUUCGUUCACUAUAGAUAAAAAGUGUGAACAAAUAUUAAGGAAGAACAUAUAUGUACCUAAUACGUGGUUACAAAAUUAACUCACGAGUGUCAGACGUAUAUAACGAACAGGAUACAGUGAUUACAUUUUGCUAUACAAGGUGUUCUUGUUAUUAGCACUGCGUUAUUUAAAGAGAAAAAGCACACAAGUGCAGACUGUGAAUUAGCAUGAAUUGUUGUUAUUGAAAUAGAAGUGUUUAUAUAAUAGUA